CUCUAGAUUGAUCAACAGGCGUUCAGCCAUCUAUCUCAAUUUUUGAGGCAUCAAUAUCACAAGAACCAUGAAUCAGAAUGACUUCAUAGUUUGGAGGGGAUUACGCUAGUCGGUAGUCUUAAUGACAAGGUUUAUACCUGACUUUCGAAGCCAGCUUCUUUCAUUCGCAGAAAUCGUGAGACAGUGACAUCAUACAAAAUGGCAGAGGAUCCUUCCCACAAGGCCAUGCUAUACUUCCUUGAGGUCCUGAUGAAUAGUACAGGACCUUUGACAAUCAGUCAACUGGCAGGCCGUUUCGGCAGUCGCACUUUUACAUCAGAAAUGAGGCAGGCGGCUGGUGGCAAUGAGGUUGGACUGAAGAAGUUUCUUUUAAAAUGGCCAUCGCUUUUCACGGUGAAAGGCAAUAUGGUGUCACUGUUUGACGGAAGUGUCACAUCAUCUGAUGACCGCAAUGGCAGAGAUGGGAGCCCCGCAUCUUCUCUUUCAAGUGGGCGGAGUUUGCCUGAUGUUUCCAUGGAAACUGAGGCUGUGCAAUAUUUUCAACAACGCUUAAUUAAGAAGGAAGAAACAUGGGUUCCCAUUAAAAGCCUUGCAGGGCAUCUUUCGCAAGCCAGUUUGGAAGUGAGGACUGUAGUGGGUCCACAGGCUGAUUUCCGGCGUUGGUUGAUCAGACACCCUCAUAUCUUUGAAGUGAAGGGGGAGAAUGUGUCACUUUGUGAGGGCCUCCCAGGUAUACCACUCAACCUUCGCCACCCAAUAGAACAUGAUCUUGAGCCGCCACGUCCUAGAGCUAACUCAGGGCCUUCACGUAAGAAGCCGCAAUCUCUCCCUGUGAACAAAGCACCGUAUCAAGCCCCUGUACCUUCCCAGCCAACAAAACGAAGCCCCAUCACCAUGACGGCCAAUGAAUACAAAGCUGUAAUGUUCUUAAAGGAAAUUAUUGAGAAGAAUGGAGAUGUGAAACUUCAUAGUAUAACAGGUCAUUUUAGCCAAGCUCCAGAAAGUGUCCGCAACACAAUAGGCUGGGCUAAGAUAGACUUGGAGGAUUUUCUCAGACGCAAUGCUACAAUAUUUCACGUUCACGGUGACUCAGUGACUGUUAACAAGAAUGCACGUAUGCAUGUACUCAUCACAGGUAGUAGGCCUCAGUCUCAGAGACAGGCUGUUCAGACUUUGGUGGCCCGUAAGGGAGAGUGCUUCCACGUAGCCAAACUUUGGGGGAUUAUUGACUUAGGCAAGCACGAACAUGUUUUUUUCGACAAAUCAAUUCUGCCAAAGUCUGUUGAUGAUUUGCAGAAAUAUUUUCAUCAGGGUGAAAUGUUGAAUUUUAAUGCCGUGUUAGCCCCAAAAGCUAGUCGUGCAAAGUGGCGGGCAACGAGAGUGUGGAAAGAGGCAGAGUCACAGCCAUCGGAGCCUGUGCUCAGCCCAACUAGUACAACUUCUACAAGCACAUUUAGUUCAUCUAGUACGUUUAGUGCUAGUAGUGUCGAUGCCACAGAGUUCUACCCUCCAGGCAUGAGUCCCACCACAAGAUUUGAAGAUGAAAUGAGCCAAGUGCUCUCUAGUCGUUCAACUACGCCUGAUCUUGAUGACUAUGAUCUUGAAGGUGAAGGAGAUAUUGAAGCAAUCAAUAAAUCAUACGGAGAUGCAGCUCCAUCAGGAGCAGGCGUCAUUCCAGUGUGGAACUUCCGUACUGAUAAUCUGGAUGAUAAUAUUACAGUUUCGGACCCUAGUGGUCAACUUUCAAUGGUGCCAGAAAGCUACCAGAUGAUAGAAUCAUCGUUAGGUGACAUUCGAGCCAUGGCGAAAAACAAUGCAGAACCCUCUGUGGCGAUUAAUGGAGUUCCGACAGAUGAUGGUGUAGCUGACGCACAAACAAAACCCCAGAGUAAAGAGACCAGCCAUGUCAAAGCUGAAUCUCAAGUCGUAACCAAAAAGUUUGUAAAUGCUGGUUGUCAGACUGUAUCAACCGGUGAAAUCUUAGCCACUCAACUCUACCAGGAUUAAUUUUGUUCAGAAUCAUGUUCCUGGAUUAUUCUAGAAUAAUUCAUGAACUGUUAUGGUUAUCUUUGUCAAGCAAGUGCUUUCAGAAUGGUGACAAUGAUUAUUCUAAUUUAUGAUAUAUUAUUCUAUAUUUCAUGCUGUUAAUUUAUUCUGGGCAUGCACAUUGUAAAGAUGAUUAUAUAAAUGCCUAAUAUGAACUUGUACUUGUCUUUUACGCCUAAUAUGGACUUGUACUUGUUCUUUAAUUCUGGUAAUUAAGAAUACCAGAAAAGUUCAAGUGAUCAAAUAAUGAACAAGUUGUUUUACUCUCUGGCCUCCUCCACUCAUUAUCUUUUUUUGUGAAAAUCAUGGAGGCAGGAAA